CAAAGCCCGCGCUUUUACGGUUCAUGUUAUUGUUUCACUGAUUUUGGCUGAGCUGGCAGUAAAGUUACCUUCACUCUCAUUAGCGUAACCGUUGUUAGCCAGCCGCACACGCUCUCGUUUUCACUGUAUACUCCGUUAACAGGCAGCUUAAACUAGUCGACACACUUAAUGUUUACAGUUGAGUGGAUCCAACAUGGACGAGCAGGACACUGCGGCGAUCCUACACGGAGAUGUCCUCAGUGACACAGCGGAGGAACCACAGCUCGACGUAAACAAAGAGGAGCCUGGUGUACCGUCCACCGACGUCGUACGACCGCCUGUUACAUGCUCGCUGCCGGUGUCUGUGGAGCCGGUGUUGUUCCUGUCCAUGUUCUCCCUGGCCCUGCAGGCACCUCUGUCGACCCAGUACCUGUGGGACCGCAUAAGCGAAGACCUCGGCUACAACGGCUCCAAGAGGUCGGAGUGCGGCAACAGCUCAGCGCCCCCCGACCCGCUUCAGAAGGAGGUGGAAACCUUGACAGCACACUGGAACCUGUACAUCAGUCUGGGGGGCUUUUCUGUCGGGCUCUUGGUUGUGCCUCUCCUGGGCUCUUGGAGUGACCUCGCUGGUCGCAGACGAGUCCUCAUCCUCCCUAACCUUGGCCUGGCCCUGCAGACGAUCGUGUACCUUGUGGUGAUGUAUCUCAAGCUGCCCGUGGUCUACUUUCUAGUGGGACGGCUGCUUAGCGGCCUGUCGGGUGAUUUUAAUGCCGUCCUGGCAGGCUGCUUUGCCUAUGUGGCAGACAUCAGUGACAGGCGCUCUCGCACCUUCAGGGUGGCAAUCCUAGAGGCGUGUCUGGGCCUGUCAGGGAUGCUAGCCAGCAUCAUUGGAGGACAGUGGCGGCGGGCUCAAGGUUACAUCAACCCGUUCUGGCUCGUGCUGGCCACCAACUUGGUGUCAGCUCUGUAUGCCUUCCUCUUUGUCCGUGAGUCUGUGGUGCCAGACCCGAGUGCUAAGCUCCUCACUACUCGACACCAUAAAGCUGUCUGGCACCUCUACUCAUCAGGAGGCAGCAGCAGUGAGGCUGGAGGACAAUUUCACAGAUGCAAGCUGUGGCUUUACACGCUGUGCUUCUUUCUGGUGGUGACUGUUCACUUUGGCUCCAGAGAACUGUACGUGUUGUACGAGCUGAGCUCGCCUCUGUGCUGGGGCCCAGACUUUAUUGGCUACGGAUCAGCAGCUCACCACCUGGGCUACCUGAGCAGUCUGGCGGGGAUAAAGAUCAUGCAGCGCUGCAUGGAGGACUCCUGGGUGGCUCUUGUGGGUCUUGCCUCCAACAUUGUUGGUCUGGUGGUCUUUUCUGUGGCUAACAGCACUCAGCUCAUGUUUACAGGUUAUGGUCUCUGUUUGCUCUUCAUGACAUCGACACCUGUGCUGAGGUCCAAGCUGUCCAAGUUGGUGGAGCCGUCAGAGCAGGGUGCCCUGUUUGCAUCUGUUGCCUGUGUGGAGAGCUUGUGUUAUCUGGUGGGCAGUGGCGUUUUCAACUCCCUCUACCCAGCAACCCUGCACUUCAUGAAGGGAUUCCCUUUCCUCUUUGCUGCUAUCAUCCUCUUCAUCCCAGCUGGAAUAAUAGGGACUCUGCAGUGUUUGGAACAAAGGAGAGACCAGAGAGAUGCCACAGUGUCCUGACCUGCAGAGAGGUGGAGGGCAGGAUCA